AUAUAAACAUAUUAAUAUAUAUGAAUUGCUAGCAUAGAAUAUAGGUUCAAGAAUACGGUACAAUAGCAAACAAAAGCUUAAGAAAUAUGAUUAAGAAAUAUGCAGAUAUACUAUCUUCAUACAAAGUGUCUACACUACAUCAGAUUGGACUUAUUAGUGGAUUACCAAUAGUCAAUUCAACCAAACAAGGAAGAAUAGAAUCAUUGGUCAAUGGUCUAAAUCUUCAAUCACGUGUACCACAACAAAAUAUAAACAUUCUAUCAAUUGAUGUAGGUAUAAAGAACUUUUCAUACUGUCAGGUCAAUGGACUAAGAUUAAAUAUUGAUUCCCCAUCGGUUGUAAGUAAAUGGGCUAAAAUUGAUUUAAAUGAGGAAUAUGGAUCACAUUAUGAGCCUAUCAUUUCAUUACUGUCUCCACUAGAUUCAAAGAGAUAUAUCAAUUAUUUCACUCAAAAGUUAGCCAAUGACUUAGUCCAGAAAUCUAAUAUACCUGAUAUUAUUGUUAUGGAAACACAGAGAACAAGAUCCAAUAAUAAUUCAAUUACUCUACCUAAUGUUUUACUAAAUUAUACUUUUGAAAAUAUCUUAUAUUCUAAUCUUUAUAACAAGCUUCCUACAGUACCAAUUAUACCUAUGGCGUCAACUUCAAUGAUUAAUUUCUGGUUUAAUAGAUUUGUCACCAAACAGUCAUUAAAGAAGUUCUCAACCUCCAAAAAGCUGAGGCUAAGUAUUUUCUUCAAUUGGAUGGAAAAGAAAUCACUAUUCACUCUUCCUGGUUGGGAAGAUAUAGAUCAUUCCUUAAGUAUUCCUAAAAAGACAAAACUUGUAUUAGCUCAUUUAGGAUUAGAAUCCAAUGAUAAAAUUGACGAUCUCAUAGAUAGUUUGUUUUACAACCUUACCAUAAAGAGACAUUUACAGAAUCAGAGUGAAUUAAUAAAUCUUCUCAACCAGGAUGACUUUAAUAUUAACCAUUAUAUUGUAAAACAUAAUGUCAAACAAUUGAUGUUAGUUAAAGAUAUUAUUGAAGAAUUUAAUCUACAGUUGAUCCCAGAAUACCAAAGCUACGUUGACUUUUUUCAACCUUUGAAAGAAUUUAACGAACUAGAUGAUUUGUUAAUCAAUGAUUUUAUAAGGCUAAAUAAGAUGUAAUGGGCCUGUUUAUGGUCCACUUGAAUCUAUAACUAAACAAAAUUCUCAGACUCUGGAUCCACUCUUAUACCCCAAGCAUUAUUGAAACUUUUUUAAUUCUAUUGGAAUACUGUUGGUGUAACCUAACAAAGGGAAACUUAAUUCUUACAGAAAAAUAUUGCUAGAUUUAAAAAGCUAUUUGUGCUGGUUGUCUCUAAAUUUUUCUAGUGGGAAGUACUAGGCAAAACAUAAUAUUAGAGAAUGGGUUUCCUAUAAGCCUAUCAAAUCGUGAAUAAUUUUACCAAUACAUUAUACAUUCAGUUAAACACAUCUUUCAAUUUACAAAUACAUACAAUCUAUAAUCCCUUUCCCUGUACACGAGCUUUAAGGUCAGGCUCUAAAAGAGCAGAAUUAUUUGCAAUGAAAUUUUGAAUUACAAAUAAAUUAAAACAAGAAGAAUUUCUGUAAAUUGUUCCUAUAACUACACCAAGUUUAGGAGCUAAUCUUGCU